UAUAUGAUUAGCCAAAAUAUAUGUUUAGCAGUAAAUGCAGAAUGAGGUUUUUUUUUAACGUAAAAUCUCCUGUUAUAUAAGGGUUAUUAGCAGGCUGAUGUGAUUGUUGAAGGCUUAUUAUAGAGAGAGCAGGAAUUUGUCAGGAAAUAGACUACUAUCGGAAUGAGGUUGACCGCGUUCACCCUUGCAGAAGCCCGCAGGUUGUAAUGGCCAUAUGGCCCAUGUGUCGGCCACGGAGCCGUGUAGUUCCCUAUUGGACAGACAAACCCCGCUGCCUUCACCACCCUGUGUGUCCUGUCAGUCCACUGGUUCACUAGUUCACCGUGUCAAUCCUCUUUGCUCCACACUAGCAGCGAGAGACUGAAAAAGAGGUAGAGGGUAGAGGUGGAAUCUUUCGCCUGUUGGCAACUGCUGAGCCCAGGGAAUCACACGCCGCGGUCGGAGCGGCGAAAGUCAGGAGAGGGAAAGCUGCGUUUUUCGGAAGCGAACCUCUGUCCGCGUUGAGCUCCAGUGUGUGUGUGCGCGCGCGUCUUGAUACGUAAAUCAUUCGUAAUUGUCAAGAUGGGCUUACGGAUUCAAAACCCGCUACACGGCUGUGGUUUUAGUUGGUUCUCGUAAAAGUUCAGCAAAAAGCCAUGCCAACUGUAGCAUACCGUGAGAAUUAGUGCGUCCAAGGUAACAGAGAAACAAACAAAGCAAGUAUUCCAUGCGUGUCUUGAAUAUAAAUAUCCAAAACACGCGCUCAUCCAUAUUUACGGGACCGAGAGGAGUGCUGGAAGUCAGGUAAGGUUUGCAGGCUUCGACUGACGCCGGGUGCCUAGACUCUUCUUUGAGUCCAAAGCAGUUGUGCAGACAAGUCAUUAAUUAUCCGUUGUGUGACCGAGGCAGGAGCCAUCCUUGGGUGUGCCCAAAGUUUUUUGUCUUCUUAGAACCGAAGACAGAUGCCUUCAAAUAGGUAACUAAAGCGGUGUAGCCUGCUCAUUCCCCCUUUGAAGCUUUCUUACUUAACUCAUCGCAUCUUUUCCUCUCUCCACUACGAACCCUCUUGAAUACCUUUGACUUAUCUUCUGUUGAGUUUUUUGUCCAAGUCGUCAGUGUAAAAGUUUUAUGAGACGGCAUAAGUUAGUUAGCCCUGAGAGUGGGGACCCGUUUGGUGAGUUGAACUCAGUGAAUGGAUCUUGCAGCUAGGGUGUAAAAAGAAGACGCAUGUGUCCAUGAUUUAUGACCCCGACAACGGAUUGCUUACUCUAGCAGCUCUCAAUUUAGAAUCGCGAGUUUUCUCUCACUCUGCUCUGCAGGAAUCCUCAAAAUGCAAGCCUUAUGAUAACCUCACAAUUUGGCAUUUAUUUUUCAUUUCACCUGUUGGGGAAACAACUGGCGUUCAAACAAACCCUUAAACACGGCACUGUAGUAUUAUAAAGACUGCCAGUAAUCCGAAUUUGCCCCCGUGAGGGACAUUUAUGUUGAAUUAUUAUCUUCUCCGAAGUUCUGCUGGGUCAUGCUGCGUUGCAAGUGUAAACACACUUGAAAAAAUCCUAUAUAACUCUUAAGAUCACAUACAUGGAAGGGGGUUUAUUUAAUUUUUACACAAUCCCACCCUCAUCUUGAGUCGUUAUAGCAUUGAACAAAGAGGCCAUAACCUUGGCAAACUGUUGAAGCCAUGUAAGCCACUCAGAAGUAAGAUGUGCGACUUUGGGCCAAGAUAAUCUCUCAUUAGCGUUAAUACAGAAAUCCGCCAAGGUGCUAAUAUUUCGAUAAUAUUGUAAGGUAGAGGAGAAUCUGCAUUUUCAUAGGAAUUAUUGUCGUUCAGUAGGCGUUAUGUUAAUUUCAUGUCAGGAUGAUAUCACCCAAUUGUAAAUGCAACAAGAACAGCCGCUGCCCUCAAUCACUUUUACUUAAACCUUCUGCCACAUGUAACCCAAGUGGUAUCACAGCAUCAUAGGGAUUGGAGCCAAACUUAGCCUGUAGCUUGGGUGAACAUCAACAUGUUUUGGAGCAGGAAACUCCUUUUGUUGCCAAAUUGGAGGUCAGCUCCCACUCGUAACCGUUCACCAUGCUCACAGAAUUGUACACGUUAUUUAUGAAGCCAACAAUAUGGAACAGUGUGGCUUAAUGAAUUCCUGCCCACGUGCUGUCUAAAAUGUCGUUAGCCCUCCAACUAAUGCAAGAGUGACCCAGCGGUUUACGCGUCACAGAGAACAGCCUCGAAUAAAACCACAAAACUCUUAAGUGGCUAUCAUUUAAUCGAUUAAAUCAUACAUCACUGACACUGGGCCCAGCACCGGGGAAAAGUGAAAGUGAAGGUGCUUGUGCAAGUGGACAGUAGCUGACAAUGCAUGAAGGACUGUAUAUUCCUAUUGUGUUCUGGUCUCAGCGGUUACAUCCCUGGGGCACGUUGCGUUAUUACCUUUUGUGAAAUUAUUAUAGUACACCAUACUGCUUUGGAGGUUGUGUUGUACGUCUAAGAAUAGGCCUUCAGAUCGUUAACAAUACAAUGUACUAUCAAGUUUUUUAGCACAGUCAAUAUACUAAGGAUCUAUGCCAGGUUAAAGUCACGGAAUUAUCGUUUUACCAGAUACAUAGCUUCUGAUGACUCAUUGAACCUAUUUGUCUUAUUUGAUGAGGCUGGCAGUUUUGAGGUCCCGAGUGCAGAGCCCACCGUGACCCCCACCUCACUUCAGACUGUGCCUCCUUUGAAACGCAGUUAAAGAUUAUCCCUUCGAGGCCCUAAUUCCAAGUAAAAAUUAACUUGGCUCAUCAAAAGACCUGACUGUGAGCAUUCUCAUUGUUUAUUAUUUUCAUCCUCUGAGGAGACCCCGUACAGGCCCACAUCUCAAGGAUCCAUGUAUGUAGAUAGGAGAGAACUGGAUAUUACAAUUGCAGUUCCUCCCCAUGCUCUGGCAAAUCGCUGCAUGCGGGUUCUAGGAGGAAAACCAGCUACAAGCUUGCUGUAAGCAUGGUCAACUGAAAUGAUUUCACGAUUACAAAUUGUAUUGCUGAAUUAAGAGGCUACAACAGGGGUGCAUGAUGGAGGAUGAAGCUGCGUCAUUAACACAAAUCUUAAACUACAAUAAUAAUACAUGUUUGCGCACAGGUAGCGAAAUUCCACCUCCUGAAAAUUCGCGUUGACUCCUGUGUGCUGACUGACAGCUCCACUGGGAUCGAUACUGCCAUAACGCGCAGGUCAGGCAGGCUCAAAUGAGAGUUUAAUUGUAAUCCGGAGAUCUUUAGUAGAGGGCUAUCUGCGUGGGUGUAAAAAACCAAGCCCCCUGCUCUCUCACUCGCUAGCGAGCAAAGAACCCCCCCUUUUAUCGCCUAGAGAUUGGAUGCAGAGGCCUCGCGUAUCCACCACUCUAGCUCUCAAGUCCGUGGUGUUGAAAGUCCCAUGUCAUCCGCCCGAAUGGGAGAGAAAAGAAGAUAUAUUGUGCCUCUCCUCGUUUAAAACAAUUCACUGGUCGCCAUUUGGGGCUUGCCCGUCGUUCGAGCUCAUUACAUUUCAAGGCACUGGAAUUCUACAAAUGGACCCGAUGAAAGCGCACCUUCGCAGAGAUAGCUGUAGAAAAUAGGCCAUUUUAGAGGGUGGUGCCUCCAGAAUUGGGGCAAAAGUUAAAGUGGCAAAAAAUUCCGAAAAAAUAGCCUUAUAUUUUUUCUUAUAACAGAUCACCUCAGGUUAGAGUAACUGAAACAGUUCAAAACGAUAGAGUUUUGACGUAUGCGUGUCACGUGAGUGGAUCAUUCGAAGCAUUAUUUUGGAUUUGGUGAGGGGCCUGCUGGACUCACUGGCUGUAGUUCUUUCAGGCUCUGACUCUGCUGUUCCCAACCGCCUGGUAAUUAGACAGCAAAUGGGAUAAGGUCGGCGUUUCGCUGACUUCCAGAAGGCACCAUGCGGGCUCUUUGAAAGUCUGGGACGACAGGGCCGGGAUUAAUUCAUAAAUAUAAGACAUUACAAGGGGAUUCCAAAGUACUUCCGUUGAUUGAUCAUUAAUCUGUUCCUACGUAUUAUCUGGAAGCUGCAUUCUCGCAUAAAAUCAAGUGGUGAUAAAGGACAUUAUAUCGGUCAGCUUCCAAGAGGCCGUUGGAAAGAGACCGUCACGUGACACCUGGUGCCAAUGUUCUUCCAGAAGGUCGUCAGGACCCUGGUAGCCGGUAACACGACUUUUGGAAAUGCAGAAAACGACCUACUACGACAACUCGACGCUUUAUGGAGGUUAUUCGUACCAAGGGGCCAAUGGCUUCGGCUAUGAUGCCCCUCAACCGGCCUUCCAGUCCUCGGCGCACCUCGAUGGUGACUUCCAGAGGUCUGCCUGCUCGCUGCAGUCUCUUGGCAACAGCGCCACUCAGCAACAUGCCAAGACGAAGGAACUAAACGGGAGCUGCAUGCGCCCCAGUCUGCCACCUGAACACCAACCGCCCCCCCAGGUCUCCCCUCCCCAGAACCCCGUCAACUCCUCCACCUCUACCACAGCGCAGCAGCCGGGCAGCAGCGGAGGCAAUGGCGGGGGGGCAGCUAAACCCACCCCCAAGUCGUCCUCACUGCCCCCGAAUCCAACCAUCAGCAAGCAUAUAUUCCCGUGGAUGAAAGAGUCAAGGCAGGCCACCAAGCAAAAAACCGGCUCUCCUAGUGCAAGUUCAGCUAACGAGAGCAGUGGCGGCGAAAAAAGCCCCCCGGGUUCGGCGGCCUCCAAGAGAGCACGCACCGCAUACACGAGCGCACAGCUGGUGGAGCUGGAGAAGGAGUUCCACUUCAACCGCUACCUGUGCCGACCACGCCGAGUGGAGAUGGCAAACCUGCUCAACCUCAGCGAGCGGCAGAUCAAAAUUUGGUUUCAAAACCGGCGCAUGAAGUACAAGAAAGAUCAAAAAUGCAAAGGCUUGGGCUCUUCCUCUGGUGGACCGUCACCCACCGGAAGCCCGCCCCUCCCCAUGCAGUCCUCUGCAGGCUUCAUGAACUCCAUGCACUCGAUGGCUGGCAGCUACGACGCCCCUUCUCCGCCAUCUUUCAACAAGCCCCAUCAAAACGCAUAUGCCAUGUCUUCAGCCUACCAAAACCCCAUGAAAAGCUGCCCCUCGCAACAGAAAUAUGCCAACACAGCGCCAGAGUACGACCCUCACGGGCUACAGGGUAACAGCAGCUACGGAACUCCCAACAUGCAGGGCAGUCCUGUGUACGUUGGGGGGAACUACGUGGAUGCGAUGCCCACCACCGGGCCAUCCAUGUACGGUCUCAAUCACCUGCCACACCACCAGUCGGGCAACAUGGACUACAACGGUGCCACGCAGAUGUCAGCGAGCCAGCAUCAUGGACCGUGUGACCCUCAUCCAACAUACACGGAUCUGUCAGCUCACCAUCCUUCUCAGGGUAGAAUCCAGGAAGCACCCAAGUUAACGCAUCUGUAGCAGGUUUGGAAUAAGUGAAUCGAAUAAAAAAAAAAAACUAACCCAUGGGACGAUGCAAUGGGGUUGAAAAAGAUGAUCCAGUGGUUUCUUGCAGUGUUCAUAGACCGUUGUAUUGAUGUCGUCUCUCCAUCACGUGUAAGACCAUUUGUCAUAAUCGUUUACAUUAGUGUUUAUUUCACAAAGAUCCCCUUUUCUACAGCGUGCCCAGUUAAGAAUUAAUGAACAUAAUGAUUAGGUGAUAUAAUGGAUGUGUUGUACGGAAAAAUUAACUGCCGUGUGACCUCUUGUGACUUGCGUUGCAUCACCGUAACUAUUUGUGUACCUCGUCAGCAUGAAAACCAAUGCUGACGUCAUGGCAGUCCACGCAUAGUCUAUGGACAACUCUCUCAGUAUGUGGAGCUAAGAAGGCAGUAUGGAGCAAGCAAACCACUGGAUUGUUUUGGUUCUCUUCCCUUUAUUUCACAUUACCUCUCUUUUGAAACGUCUCACUAACAUGAUAUUUUUUGAAUCGGUUCUGGUCAAAUAACAGAUCACCAAGCGACUGUUUGCUGCUCGCUUAGGAAAACAAAGUAGUGUACCUCCCUUUUUGUACUGGGUUAUAAGGUUACUUAUUAUGCUGUCCUGUAAAAGUUGUGCUACCAACUUCCAUGGGCAAUGCACGGAAAGGAUAUUGUCAUUUGUUGUGUCAUCGGAACAGGGUAAAAAAAAGAGUUGAGAACUUGUGUAGUACACAGACAUUGCCCCCUCCCCUCCCCAUCUUCCUCUCAACUCAGUGUAACCCCCCCCCCCCCCCCCUCCAAUCUUUAGGGUUCACUUACAUUAGCCACCACUAAUGCGAAAAGCCCACAUUUUCUCAUGUCUUGACUUAACGUGGAAACAGGGUAUAUUUGAACAAAAUGCAUGUCCGGGAAAGCAGAGAGCGGUAGACGGCUCAGUUUACGCUAAUGCUCUCUUGGCUGGGCAUCAUUGUUGCACUUAGAGUUUACAUUUUGAUGGGUAAGGAAAAAUAAAUCUUAUUUUGAAAUGGAAGACCUCCAAUCAGCGUCUUUCGGUAUGUGUGUUCAAGUGAACAUUCAUAAAUAUAUAUUUAUUUGUUAUAGCCAGUUUAAAUACAUUCUUUUUCUAUUAUUUAUCCCCCCAUGUAUUUAUAUCAAGAAAAAUGUACUUUUUUAGUAUUUACCUGUUAUAAAGACGUUGUGUUCUUGUCAUUGUAACAAAUUAAUUUUUAGUUGUUGUAUUUUAGAGACAAGUAGUUUAUGUUACCCUUGUACAUAAAUUAUGUCUUGACUUGUACAGGGGGCGAGGGAGCGGAAUCAGACCGUUCCUGCAUAGUCGAGAAUUAGACGAAGUAUAGAACACUUUUUUGAGAACUUCUUUUGUCCUUUGUAGCUACUUUUAUUUCUCUUGGUAAGAGUUGUCUGUUGAGCAAUUCUUUAAUAAAAUGUUAUGUUAUUCA